UGGAGGAAUCACGUUGGUGGGGGAAAGAAUAACGAACGUUCAUUCUCAUUUCCCAGUUGGUGUUGUUGAAGGAGAGAAAGUGCCAUAUUUUCAUAGGAGUGUGACCGGGACGAAAGAUAUUGCAACAUCACUCUUCUCCAUUACCUAAUUCUUAUGUUUUAGGCGUCAGCAUUUUAAAAUAUUAAAGGUUCAGUCAAUCUUCAAUCAGUAUGCCGGCCCAAGAGAAUGAGAGGCCUAACAGGCUCAGCUGCUAUAAAAACGCUGGAAAAAAUACAGAGGAAAUGAGACGAAGAAGAAAUGAAGUAAAAGUGGAGUUACGCAAAGCUCGAAAGGAUGAUCAAAUUUUUAAACGGAGAAAUCUCGAGGUUGAUGAGCAGGAGACGUCUCCUCUGCAGGAAAUCAGUGAAUCAACACAGUUACCAACCCUGGACCAAAUUGUGCAAGGAAUGAUGAGCAACGACGAAAACCUGCAGUUCCAGGCGACGCAAGCGUGCCGCAAAACGCUGUCCAAAGAGCGCCACCCGCCGAUCGACGACGUGAUCCGUGCGGGCAUCGUUCCGCGCUGCGUGCAGUUCCUGUCGAACUCGUCCAACGUGCCGCUGCAGUUUGAAGCCGCCUGGGCGCUGACCAACAUCGCGUCGGGCACCAGCGAGCAGACGAAUGCCGUGGUGCAGGCGGGCGCUGUUGCCAAAUUGGUGCCGCUCAUUCGGUCGACGGAGCGCAGUGUUGCUGAGCAGGCGGUUUGGGCACUUGGCAACAUCGCCGGUGACGGGCCGUCGACCCGUGAUCUCGUGUUGCAGCAUAAUCUCAUGGCCGGGCUUGUUGAGCUGGUUACUCCUGAUCUACCUGCAUCAUUCCUGCGUAAUAUCGUCUGGACGAUCUCAAAUCUGUGCCGUCACAAAUCUCCGCUUCCUGGCUUCGAAUACAUCAAAGUUUGUCUUCCUCUGCUAUCCAAACUGCUGAACUGUGACGAUGAUUCUGUUCUUGCUGAUUCGUGCUGGGCACUGUCUUACCUGACCGAUGGACCGAACGAGAGAAUCCAGGCGGUCGUGGACACUGGUAUGGUCCCUCAGCUCGUCUCACUGCUGGCCAGUCCCAAAGUGGAGGUGUUGACUCCAGCGCUCAGGACUGUUGGAAACAUUGCUACCGGCAAUGACUCUCAGACUGACUCGAUCAUCAACGCGGGCGCCCUGUACCAGCUGUGCAAUCUGCUAGUGCACCAUCGGCCGAACAUCGUGAAGGAGGCCGCCUGGACAGUGUCCAAUGUGACAGCCGGCUGCACCGACCAGAUCAACCAAGUCAUCGAGGCUGGAGUGCUGCCACCCCUCAUACAAGUGCUCAGAGCUGGCGAUUUCAAGUCGCAGAAGGAAGCAGCUUGGGCAGUGACUAACCUGAUGUCAGGUGGCACUUUCGAGCAAAUAGCCAGCGUACUGCAGAGUGGGGCACUCGAGCCCAUGUGCAACUUGCUCGACUCGAAGGAGUGGAAGACCACCACUGUUAUCCUCGAUGGAUUGAAUCACAUUCUAAAGGCUGCCAAAGAAAUCGAUCAAGUGGAAAAAGUGGCUGUUAUGAUUGAAGAGUGUGGUGGACUCAACAAGUUGGAACUUCUACAACAUCAUGAGAACACAGAUGUGUACAAAAAGGCUUACUCCAUCAUUGACACAUAUUUUACCAUGGAAGAAGAUGAAGACGAAAAUGUAGCUGCACCAUCGGAAAGCAACGGCCAGUGGAAUUUCAACCAAACAGAUGUUGUUCCUGACGGAGGAUUCUCGUUUUAAAACACGAAUUUUCUCAAUGAGUCAUUUUCACCAGCGACAAAAAUAAAUCCAUUCAGAACAUUUCUCAAUUCUAUUUUAUAGUUUUGAUCGUUUGUAUAACUGAUCGAGUUUUAGUUGAUUUUAUCUUAUAACUCUCUUUUUUCAAUGGAGUCAAAUAGAACUAAAAACAAUUAUUGUUUUCUCUCAAGUUAUCGUAUCACAGCUACCUAUAGAGCUAUCAGACUCCAAGUCCGUAUCUUGAAAGUAAUUUGACUCCAAAUUAUUCUAUUGAAGAAAGUUGCACGAUAAAAUCAACAAAAACUCGAUCAGUUUGGCAAACGAACAAAACUAUAAAAUAGAAUUGAGAAAUGUUCUGGUUGGAAAUAUUUCUGUCGUCUAUUCCAUCAGGGGCCAACGCCAUGUAGCAUAGUUUAUUUUUUAAGUCUUUCCACCCGAAAUUGUAUUUGAGGGUUGUACUGAAUUGAUCGAAUUGUUUUUAUCAUAUAACUUUCUUUGUUCCAUAAUGAUUAUUAUUGUUAAUUUAUUAACUAUUAUUGUUUUCUUUUCUAUUCGACUCCAAGUCUAUUUCUAUCAGAGCCAUCACCUUGUAGCGUAAUUUGAAGUUUUCUUUCCCGAAAUCGUAUGUGAGGAUGUAUUAAAUUCAUAUUUUCCUUUUUGACCAUUUUGACUUGCUUACAUUACACGAUAUAGAGCAAAAGGAGGUUAGAUUUUUUCCCGUUGUAAUCACCUUGAUGUACUUUUUAUUGUGCCAUUCUGUUCAUCUCUAAGAUUUCUUGUUUAUCUAUCUGGCAUGUGAAUAGUUUUAUUUACUCUCUAUAUUGCGAUUGUAUUGAAAUAUAAGCUUCAUUAAAUGUUUUCUACAUUUUA